AUGAUCUGCGAGGCCGAUGGGCCGGAACGCGACACCGGCCAAACGACCAUUGGCCCAUACCGCCUGCCGCUGGACAUCAUGCCGGUCACGACCACUGGGCUGUUCGAGCUGGACAUGAACUUCCCCGUGACUGGUGACUACCUGAUGGACUGCUACGUUGCGAAUAGGGGCGGCGUCAACGCGCGCUAUUUCAACAACCGCUGGGUCGAGGGUGAUCCGGCAAUUGUCCGGACCGACGCAUCGGUCGACUUCAACUGGGGCCAAGGGCUGGUCACCGCAGAGGCCUCCGAUUUUGUGUCUGCCCAGCACAGUGCCUUCCUGAAGGUACCCGAGGCAGCAAACUACACGUUCUACGUGACCGUCGACGACGGCGCCAAGCUCUGGCUGGACGACGAGCUCGUGCUCAGCCGGGAUGAGGCGGGCGAGUGGUCAACCCAGGAUCGAUCCAGCUUACAGCUAAGAGGCUCUACCGCAUCCAGAUUUAUUUCUACGAGAGAACAGGUUUCGCCAGGCUGCGCCUCGAGUGGUCCAACGACCAAGGCCUCAGCAGAACUGUAA